ACUAUUAACGAAAUAAAAAAAAAGGGUUUUGUUGUUACAGAUGCAAUUAGUCGGAGAAACUAGAGCAACCAAUUAUUUUCAUAGUAAUAGUAUGCUUGUUAACCACAGACAAGUUCUCAAUCCUUCGAGAUUUGCUUCAUCUGGAGGUUAUCCUGUUCUUCACUCAAGUGGACUUCAGCACUGGUUCAAAAAUUGGCAAGGACACAGAAAACAUAAACUGACAGCUAGCACUUUUGCUGCCGCCGUUGGUUUUUUCCAUCGCCGAAGACUCCAGCUUUGGUUAGAGAAGAUUGGAGCAAUUGAGCCAUUUUCGGGUAACCUGGCUACCUGUUGGAGCAAUAUCAAAGAAGAGGAAGCACUUGAAAGAUACAAGCUGAUAACAGGAAAUUCUGUCUUGUUUCCUGAAUUUCAAGUCUAUGGUAAUACAAAUGCUGGAGAUGAUUGGCUAGGAGCUUCACCAGACGGGGUGGUUGAUAGGCUGGUAUACGGAUUGUCUUCACGAGGAGUACUGGAGAUUAAGUGCCCAUUUUUCGAUGGAAAUAUGAAAAAGGCUACCCCUUGGCCGCGAAUUCCUUUGUACUGUGUUCCACAGGCUCAGGGUUUAAUGGAAAUACUUGACAGGGAUUGGAUGGAUUUCUAUGUUUGGACUCCUAAAGGGAGUAGCCUAUUCAGGUUAUACAGGGAUGCAGAGUACUGGGAUGUUUUGAAAAUGGUUCUCUCAGAUUUUUGGUGGAAUCAUGUCCAGCCAGCAAGGGAGAUGUGCAGUAAGUCUCAGAUUACUGAUCCCCUUGUUGAAUUAAGAUCGCUCAAACCAGCACCCAGGCAUGAAAUGUGUAGUUAUGUAGUUUAUGAAAGCAAACGCGUUGUUGAUAGCUCCAAGUUAUUGAUGCGUGAAAUCAAUGGCAAACUGAUAAACUGAUGCAGCAUCUAUAACCACAAUUUAGGCCUUUCAAAUUAUUCAGUUCUGAGGAUAUGGGACUCAUCCCCAUCAAGUUGCUGGAAUAUGGUUUGGCUUUCAUGAGUUUAUUGAUUGAUGUAAAUUCCUACCGUCAGUGUCAUCAUAACUUUGGCCUAAAUAGUGAAAGAGGAAUGUACGUUGCCAGUACAUGAGGUAGAUUUUGAUAGAGAGGUGAAAAUAUUCCCAGCUAUAGUCAUUGUAUAACAACAAAAAAGAAAGGAAAUGUUUGAUUUCUACAGGAUUGAAGAAGUAAAGAAAGAAGAUUUUUAGUUGAGGAGCUGAUCGCGCUGGGGAAAAACUCAAACAGGUCCUUAAAUACUCUUUCUUCUACUUUUUUUUGUUCAAUUUUCAUGCGAGGCACCUAUCAUAUUUGAUGUUGAGCUCGAAACACAAUACAAUACCUUUUGGGUUUACUUCGUCGUCCCUGUUAUCAUUUUGCAGAAACACCUUGCAUUUGCCUUUCAAAAUAUCACAUUACUACUGGAAAAAGAAAAGGAAGACAACUUAAAGUUGCUGAUGAGCCUUAAUCUUACCAAGAAGUUUUGCUCAUAUCCUGAAUGAGCAGGGGCAGUUCUUUUGACUGCAGCCCAUUCUGAUAGUACAUGAUCAAGGUGUCCUCACCGAGCUCCUUUGUUCUAUUAAGUUGGAGCGGCGCCAACUAGUUUCACUUUUCUUGUGUUGUCUUAGGAAUUUAUCGUCCUUUGUGAUUAUGGAUUGAUUUCAUAUCAUCUUCCUUACAGUGUAGAGCAUUCACAAUUCGUAUAUGCUAUAUAGAAGUUUCCAUAUCGGAGAGGCAACUGUCCCUUGAACUACCAAAGAAAAAAGAAGGGUGAACCAAUGUGAUCAUGACAUUGUAGGUGCUUGGGAUGGAUGGGAUGCAUAGUCGAGGAGCAAAACACUAGCUAACCUCCGAUUAUAAUUAAGGAGAAUCUUUACAUCAUCAAUUCUUCAAUUUGAGUUAAUUUUUGAACAAUCUCCAACUAUUUCCAUUUGUGUGUGUGUGUGUGUGUGUAUCCACAAUUUGUUACACUUUCUCCCUUUCCCUACUGGGAAGCAUAUAAAAGAAUACAAGUUUUUUUUUCUUUUC